AUGAAGCGCACCAUUAACGACUUCCCCACAGAGCUGGUCAGGCUCGUCCUGACAAGAAUCAAGCUGGAUUCGAUGGCUGAUCUCGAUGGAUCCUUAUUCAACACGCUCACCGUCUGUCGUCUGUGGCACGAGAUUGGAGAAGAACUACUCUGGACCGACAUCUGUCUCAACAAUUCCCGGUUGGCAAAGUUCUGCAAGUCGUCAUGCAAGGCAUCACGGGCGACGAAAUCACUUUCAGUCCAAUUGUUCAUAAAUGAAGACAUGUUCGCCUUGACCACCAAUAGCAUCUACUCCGUCAGUUCCUUUUCCAGCGAGGGUUUCAAACUGAUGGGCCAACUCGAGCAACUAUCACUCAAAAUCCGAGAAAUGCGACAUCUUGAGAGCUUCAGCAUGCUCUUCUCUAAAUACUCCUAUCUCGGCAGAGCACGCGUUCCACUCGGUGGACUUCGAUCCAUCUUGGAUGCAUUACCAAACUCAGUCCGUAAUCUGGAGAUUGACGACGAAGCGAAUGGUUUUCAUGCAGGUCUACUUGAUCACCCGCAGGAUCAUUUGUGUAUAUCUCUACAGAAGAUCAUGCCUCAGCUUCGGAAUCUUCGCCUCAAACUUGCAGAAGUCUGCGGGGAUGUCUUCCCAGAUUCGCCCUGCAAAGGCACUAAGAGUGAGGACAGUACGUCGAAUCCUAGCCGCGGAUCCUCCUUCAUACUGCAGCUGGCCGGGAACGAACCGGUGCUCAACACCAUGCACUGCCGUUUCCAUAUGCAUUCUCGCGAUUACUAUUUUGCACCCGGAAGCUCGACACAACCCCCAGCUUACGUCUGUCUAGUUGACGCAGCCAGGUCGGCGAUAGCAAGCCACGCCCUGGAUAAUUUCCAUCGCAUUUCGAUUUUCGAUAUGAAGUAUACUCCAGUGCAUGGCAAGGGCUUCCCAUGCCUACGCGAACGAGCCUUGCGGCCAGAAGACAAACUUCGCCUAUCUCCAUGUUUCCAGGUACCAACCGCUAUUGGCCCUAGCUACUACCGAGUCUUCCGCACUCCUGGUGGCGAUGGAAAGACAACAGAAGUCAUCGGAUGGAUGAGAUAUAUCAUCCCAUAUGCCGAAAACGGUGUGUGGGUCGAGACAGAGGAUUAUUGUCGCCUGCCUGCUACCUACAUCAACGAGAAUUCGCGAUUUGAAGGCACCAGAGUGAAUAGUGAAGAGCUUAACACUCGAAGAACAUUCACAGAACCUCUUCGCGGGUCAGUGAAACUAUGGGAUUUGGAGGAUCAAGAAGGCUGUAUACUUUUGGACCCGUUGAUCCUUGAUGGGCAGGACGAUACUCGCUGGCCUACCAGAAAGCCUACUCUGAAGGAAAUGCAACGCGAGGAGAGGAGGAAAGCCAUUGAGCGAGGGGAAGAGGUUGAACCUGGUUCGGAUGAUGAUGAUGAAGAUGAAGAAGAUGAUGUACACGCAGACUAUCAUGCCUAUGAAUACGACCAUCCGGACGAAUAUGACGAUGACGAUGGCGACGACGACGAAAUCGAGUUUGAGGAUUAUGACUCACUCGAAGACGACUAUCGAUUCGAGGACGACGAGGACUUGUUGGUAUAUUGGCUGUGA